CAUAAAUUUCACUGCCGCACCAACAAAAACAGCAUAAAAUUGUCAGCAAUAUCUUGGGGUGGUUGCUUACCUGUAAGCAAAAUAUCGGAAAUCCACCUUUCUAUUUGUGGUGAUGGAAGUUCUUACCAGUGAAAAAUACCUAAUAGCCCGGGCCAAGCAAACGUCCGAUCCGUACACAGCGAAGGCGUGGAUUAUCGCUGCAAAAACGCUGUUUCCAAACGAUUUCGGCGUACAGUUUGAAGCUUACGAGAUCGAAAAGAACGCUAAGAAUUUUGAGGAAGCGGCGAAAUGUUUGAGUUACAUCAUUAUGACAUUCCAAAACGCUCUCCAAACACCGGCUAGUUUGCUGAAUGAAAUAUCUCUAAUGACAUCAGCGCUCCGGGUUCCAGAAGGGACGACUUCACCGGAACAGGAGUUCUAUGUCAAAAUGUUCCAGUAUAUCUCCUACGAGGUGCAACACAAGAUUUUGCUUUUGACUGCAGCCCAUUCAAAUAACAACUUGGAUCAUUGUCGUCUGAUUGUCUUGCUUUUAAAACGAUUCCCGCAAGCCAUUUCAACACACGCUCCCCGACUUGUCGACACUUUGGUGCAAAAUAUCGCCAUCCCCAGUUUUAAAGAGAUGCUGGUGCAGGAAGCUAUCCCUUUGAUUUUUAAUCGACCUCCGGAUUUACCGAACAAACUGGUUCAUCAGAUUUUAGCCAUAUGCUUUGAGUACUACCUGAACCAGAUGCUGACAGAAACCGAAGAUAAAGGCCGGUUAAUCGCCGAUUGUUGGCGCAAAAUUUUCGAAGUAAUGGACUUUUGUGGGAAGAUCCUAAAAUGGGAAAUGUUUGUACCCUACAAAAAAGGAUGGAGUAAAGACAUAUACUGGCAAAAGAUAAUUCAGAUCGUGCAAUCGGCACCGCCAAGGCCAUCAGAGAAUAAACAGAUUCUAUUUUGCGCUACGAUUGUGUUUGUGCUUUCGCUACAAGAAUACAUUAAUUUUUCGCGUUUGAAAGGCAAGGACAGCGAAAUUGAGGUCAUACUAGUUGAAGGUCUGAAAGAUCUGAAAUUGGACCUGAAGCGUAGACAGCUGGAACCGGUUUUGGAGAUUCCACAAGUGGUUGUCAAUGGCCCAGUGAAUCCGGAUGCACCCAAUUGCCUGGUUACGUCGUACAACUGUUGGCAACUGCUGCAUUCUAACGAAAUUCUGAAAGCUGACUUUACCCAGUUGAUCAUUUGCAUUCCAGCACUGUCUCUAUGGAUUCAAAAAUUUUUGAUGGAUUUAUCGGUAUACGUGGGUCAGCAUGAAGAGACGCACACUUUGCUUCAAUCACCGAACGCACGCGGUAUGUCUCAGUUGGAGAAAAAUGUUCGACUUUUUGGGUUAGCCCUGGUUCAAGGUAGCAUAAAUGUUCAUCUCUUCGAGCUGAUGAAUAACAUUCUUCAAAAUCUGCCACCGGUCAACGGUACAUAUUUGCAAAGCAUCUCGCUUUUCCCUGCUCCUCGAGUUCUAAUGCUGAUGCCGCUAACGAAACGUUCCAUUCUUCACUAUAUAGUGCAAACUCUGAUCACGUUAUUGAAAGCCAAAUUGGGAGAUCCUGAUUGUUCCAGUACGCUGAUGGGAAACUUACUGGUGCUCUGUCAGCUGAAUUGGCCUCACGAAUCCACCAUUGUUGAGAUCAUAUUCGAAAUAAUCAAAUCCCGACGGCAAUUCACCUAUCUCCUAUUCACCAGUUACAUUGUUAACGUAGAAAUUGUUGAGGAGUUCAUGUUCUUGUGGCAAAAAUGUCCCGAGGUGAAACUAGAGUUCGCUGUGCUUCAGAGCGGAGGAAACCUAGCCGCUGCUGGGUCGCGUCGAAUCGGGACCCGUGGUUCAGACAGGGGAGUGAAGGAAGAUUUCAAGCAGGUUAUUAAACAACAAAUUACACGGUGUAACGAGGACUUGGAUGAGCUACUGGUGCAGUUCUUACAGCAACAACAUUUGGUUCUAUUGCAAAAUAUCUUUGAAAAGUGAUGUACUAGCAAUCGAACGAGGUUAAUUGUGGUCAUACAUUUUUGUAAUACAAGCAUGA